UUUUUUUUUCACUUUUCUUUUCCUUUUUCUUCUUUUUUUUACUAUCAUGAUUCCUCGCGUUUUAAGAUCCCGUGUACUUACUCAAGCAGUCAACUUGACUCGCUCAACUCAAUCUGUUCGUUGUUUAUCUACUUUUGAGAAACAUCGCUCUGUAUUUGAUGCACUUGGACUUGAAAGAACAGGCAACAAAGGUGUAUUUGAUGGUGAAUGGAAAGGAUCAGGCGAAAUUAUCCCUUCUUAUAACCCAGUCAACAAUGAAGUGAUUGCUGAAGUCAUUACUGGCACUACGGGUGAUUUGGAUGUAGCUUUUGAGAAAGUUGCUGAAGCUCAAAAGAUCUGGAGAGAACUUCCUGUACCUAAACGCGGUCAUGUCUUGCUUACUAUGAGAAAUGCUCUUGUUGAUAGUUUGGAGCCCCUCGGUAAGCUUGUUGCACUUGAAAUGGGUAAGAUUUUGCCUGAAGGUAUUGGCGAAGUUCAAGAGUACAUUGAUAUCUUGGAAUACGCAUUGGGCCUUUCUCGUACACUUCAAGGUGCUGUCAUCCCUUCUGAAAGACCUGGACAUGCUAUGUUGGAAACCUGGAAUCCUCUUGGAACUGUAGGUAUUAUCAGUGCUUUCAACUUUCCUGUUGCUGUUUACGGUUGGAACUGUGCUAUUGCUCUUGUGACCGGUAAUGGUACGAUUUGGAAGCCUGCUCCUACGACAUCACUUGUUUCUGUCGCUGCAACAAAGAUCAUUGCCAAAGCAUUAAAAGAUCAUGGUCUUCCUACUUCUCUCUGUGCUCUAGUCACUGGUGGAAACGACGUUGGUGCUGCUAUGGCUGCUGAUAAACGUGCCCAUGUGCUUUCCUUCACUGGUUCUACUAAUGUUGGUAGAGAAGUAGGCAAAGUGGUACAAGGCAGAUUCGGUCGUUCUAUUCUUGAACUAGGUGGUAACAAUGCCAUCAUCGUUACUGAGGAUUGUGAUCUUGAUUUGGCUGCCAGAGCCAUUUUAUUUGCUGCUGUCGGUACUGCAGGUCAGCGCUGUACAACAACACGUCGUUUGAUCGUGCAUGAGUCUGUUUACGACACCUUAGUCGAGAGACUCAAGAAGGCUUAUGCUCAAGUCAAGGUGGGCGACCCAUUAGAUCAAGGUGUCUUGUGCGGCCCUCUUCAUACCAAGGGAGCUGUGGACAUCUAUAGAAAAGCGCUUGAUAAAGUAAAGCAAGAAGGCGGUGAAAUCAUUUGUGGUGGACGUGUGUUUGAUGAUGGACCCUUAAAGGAUGGUAACUUUGUUGAGCCUACUAUGACCCGUGUCCGCCCUGAUAUGGAAGUUGUCCAAAACGAAGCCUUUGUUCCUAUUCUCCAUACCAUGACCUACAAGACUUUAGAUGAAGCCAUCGCUAUUAACAAUAGUGUGGCUCAAGGUUUGUCAAGCUCUAUUUUCACAAGCAAUCCCUCAACUAUCUUUAAAUGGAUUGGUCCUUCUGGUUCUGAUUGUGGUAUCAUCAAUGUCAACAUUCCUACCAAUGGUGCUGAAAUUGGUGGCGCUUUUGGUGGUGAAAAGGAAACAGGUGGUGGUCGUGAAAGUGGUAGUGACAGUUGGAAACAAUAUUGUAGACGUGGUACUUGUACCAUUAAUUAUUCUGGAGCUCUUCCUUUAGCUCAAGGUAUUAACUUUGGUUAGAUAAAAUAAAAAAGCUUUUUAUUUAUUUAUU